AACAAGCAUCCGGCUGGAGUUAGCAUAGCAUCCUCAGCAGCUCUGACUUCCCACCAUGGAAUCGGGCCUCAAAUGUUGCCCAACUUGAUCUUGAACUGGGAUCAAGUGAUCUUCCCACCUCAGUUUCCCAGCAGACAGUUGAUGACGAAGCGAUGGUAGCAUAAAUGAAGAUCAAACGAGGGGAGCAAAACGAUGCCCAAGGGUGGGUGUUCUAAAACACCACAGCAAGAAGACUUUCCUCUCAGCAACGACAUGGUAGAGAAACAAACUGGGAAAAAGGAUAAAGACAAAGUUUCUCUAGCCAAGACCCCAAAACUGGACCGCAGUGAUGGGGGGAAGGAGGUGAGAGAGCGGGCCACCAAGCGGAAGCUGCCCUUCACGGCGGGGGCCAAUGGAGAGCAGAAGGACUCGGACACAGAGAAGCAGGGUCCUGAACGGAAGAGGAUCAAGAAGGAGCCUGUUGCCCGCAAGUCUGGGCUGCUGUUUGGCAUGGGGCUGUCUGGGAUCCGAGCUGGUUACCCCCUCUCUGAGCGCCAGCAAGUGGCUCUCCUCAUGCAGAUGACAGCCGAGGAGUCUGCGAAUAGCCCAGUAGACACAACACCAAAGCACCCCUCCCAGUCUACCGUGUGUCAGAAGGGGACGCCCAACUCUGCCUCAAAAACCAAAGAUAAAGUGAACAAGAGAAACGAGCGAGGAGAGACCCGCUUGCACCGAGCCGCCAUCCGGGGGGAUGCGCGGCGCAUCAAGGAGCUCAUCAGCGAGGGUGCUGACGUCAACGUCAAGGACUUUGCAGGCUGGACAGCGCUACAUGAAGCGUGUAACCGGGGCUACUAUGACAUCGCCAAGCAGCUGCUGGCCGCAGGCGCAGAGGUGAACACCAAGGGCCUGGACGACGACACGCCUUUACACGAUGCCGCCAACAACGGGCACUACAAGGUGGUGAAGUUGUUGCUACGGUACGGAGGAAACCCUCAACAAAGCAACAGGAAAGGCGAGACACCGUUGAAAGUAGCCAACUCUCCAACCAUGGUGAAUCUCCUGCUAGGCAAAGGCACGUACACCUCCAGUGAGGAGAGCUCCACUGAGAGCUCAGAAGAGGAGGAUGCCCCGUCGUUUGCACCUUCUAGCUCGGUUGAUGGCAAUAACACGGACUCUGAGUUUGAGAAAGGCCUGAAGCUCAAGGCUAAGAAUCCCGAGCCACAGAAAACUGUGACCCCUGUCAAGGACGAGUACGAGUUUGAUGAGGAUGAUGAGCAGGACAGGGUUCCCCCCGUGGAUGACAAGCACUUGCUCAAGAAGGACUACAGGAAGGAGGCUAAGUCGAACAGUUUCAUUUCGAUACCCAAAAUGGAAGUGAAGAGUUACACAAAAAAUAACACGCUCGCACCAAAGAAGGCAGCCCAUCGCAUCUUGUCAGACACGUCCGACGAGGAGGGCGUGAGCAUUACUGUGGGGGCUGGAGAGAAGCUGAGGCUUUCGGCGCACACCAUGCUGCCCAGCAGUAAGGCACGAGAGUCUUCCAACUCCAGGCAGCAGAAAGAAAAAAGUAAAGUAAAAAAGAAGCGAAAGAAAGAGGCAAAAGGCAAAGAAGUCCGGUUUGGAAAGAGGACUGAUAAGUUCUGUUCCUCGGGAUCUGAGAGCGAGUCCUCUGAGAGCGAUGAGGAUGAUGGGGACUCUGUGGGGAGCUCGGGCUGCCUCCGGGGGUCCCCGCUAGUGCUGAAGGACCCCUCUCUGUUCAGCUCACUCUCCGCCUCAUCCACCUCAUCUCAUGGCAGCACUGCAGCCCCGAAGCAUAACCCAGGCCACACUGACCAGCACACCAAACACUGGCGCACAGACAAUUGGAAAGCCAUCUCUUCCCCAGCGUGGUCUGAGGUCAGUUCUUUGUCAGACUCCUCAGGAACGGGGCUAACAAGCGAGUCUGACUGCUCCUCGGAGGGCUCCAGUGUGGAGUCACUGAAGCCCACGCGGAGGAAGCAGGAGCACCGCAAGAGGAGCAGUCUGCAGAGCACACAGCCCGAGAAGAGGAGCACCUUCCACCCCAGCACCGAUGGCGCGGUCCCCAAGCUGGACAAAGAAGGCAAGGUGGUCAAAAAACACAAGACAAAACACAGACACAAAAGCAAGGAGAAAGGGCAGUGCUCAGUCAGCCAGGAACUGAAACUGAAAAGCUUUACCUAUGAAUAUGAGGACUCCAAGCAAAAGUCAGAUAAGGCCAUCCUUUUAGAUAAUGACAUUUCUACUGAAAACAAGCUGAAAGUGUUAAAGCACGACCGAGAGCAUUUUAAGAAAGAGGAGAAGCUUGGCAAGAUGAAGUCAGAGGAGAAAGAGUGGCUCUUCAAGGAUGAGAAGGCACUGAAGAGGAUCAAAGACACGAGCAGAGACCUCAGCAGGCCCUUCCGGGAAGAGAAAGACCGCUCCAGUAAAGCAGACAGGGAGAAGUCCGCCAGGGAGGAAAGACUGAGAAAGAAAAGGUCCAAAGACCGACCCUCCAAGUUAGAGAAGAAGAAUGAUAUGAAAGAGGACAGGGUGUCCAAGGAGAAGGUGUUCAAGGAGGAAAAAGAAAAGCUCAAAAAGGAAAAGGUGUACAGGGAAGAGUCCGCUUUUGAUGAAUAUUGUAACAAAAGCCAAUUUCUAGAGAGUGAAGACACCAAAUUCAGUCUUUCUGAUGAUCAGCAAGAAAGGUGGUUUUCCGACCUAUCUGACUCUUCCUUUGACUUUAAAGGGGAAGACAGCUGGGACUCUCCAGCGACAGACUACAGGGACAUCAAGAGUGACUCUGUAGCCAAACUUAUCCUGGAUAGUAAGGAGAGGAAGCGGGACAGCAAAGCCCGGGAAAAGCGGGACUUCAGAGAGACUUUUUUCCGAAAGAAGGACAGGGAGUAUUUGGACAAGAAUUCUGAGAAGAGGAGAGAAACAGAAAAGCAUAAAAGCAUCUCCAGCUAUCUCUCCGAGAAAGACAAGAAGAGAAGGGAGUCUGCUGAAGGCGGGCGAGACCGGAGGGACCCCCUGGAGCGCAGGGACGGGCGCGCCCGGCCUGAGGAGGGGCACAGGGAGGAUCUGAAGGAGUGCGGUUGUGAGAGCUUCAAAGAUAAACCUGACUGCGACUUUGCCAAGAACCUGGAGCCCUGGGAGCGUCCCCAUGCGGUCCGGGAGAAGGAGAGGAAGGAGAAGGCGCGAGCAGAAAAGUACAAAGACAAAUCCAGUGAGAGAGACAGAAAUGAGAAAUCCAGCCUUGAGAAAUGUCAGAAGGACAAGGAGUUUGACCGGUGUUUUAAAGAGAAGAAAGAUGGCAAGGAAAAGCAUAAAGACCUGCACAGCAAAGAUAAAGACAGAAAACUGUCCCUCGAGCAGACAAGAGAGAAGAAGGAGAAGACAUUCUCUGGAAUCACCUCAGAAGACUUCCCUGAAAAAAAAGACGACAAGAAGGGAAAGGAGAAGAGCUGGUAUAUUGCAGACAUAUUCACAGAUGAAAGUGAAGACGACAAAGACGAUUACCUGGCCAGCAGCUUCAAGGUGGCAGAGGCCAGUGACGUGCAGAGGAUGGACAGCCUCCAGGAGAAGGACGAUGGGAGAGAGCCACAUCCCUCCGACAGGCACAGGAAGUCCUCUUCUGACAGGCAGCAUGUGGAGAAGCCACGAGACAAAGAGCCCAAGGAGAAGAAAAAAGACAGAGGAGCUGCUGAAGUGGGGAAGGACAAAAAGGACAAGACUUUUGAGAAGCACAAGGAGAAGAAAGACAAAGAGUGUGUGGAAAAAUAUAAGGACAGGAAAGACAGAUCUUCGGUUGACUCUGCUCAAGAAAAGAAAAACAAACAGAAGCUCCCUGAAAAGGUGGAGAAGAAGCACUCUGCUGAAGACAAGGCCAAGAACAGGCACAAAGAGAAACCAGAGAAGGAGCACUCCCGAGAAAGAAAGGCCUCAAGGAGCGCUGAGAUGGAGAAGAGCCUGCUGGAGAAGCUGGAGGAAGAGGCUCUGCAUGAUUACCGAGAAGACUCCAAUGACAAAAUCAGUGAGGUCUCAUCUGACAGCUUUGCAGACCGGGGCCAGGAGCCUGGCCUGAGCACCCUCCUGGAGGUGUCCUUCUCAGAGCCCCUGCCCGAAGAUAAGGCUAGGGAUAACUCCUGUCUUGCAGAGAAGCUCCGGGAGAAAGAAAGGCACAGACACUCCUCCUCAUCCUCCAAGAAAAGCCAUGAGCGGGAGAAAGCCAAGAAGGAGAAGGCUGAGAAGAAGGAAAAGGGCGAAGACUACAAGGACAGCGGCGGCAGGAAAGACUCCAGCCAGUUCGAAAAGGACUUCUUAGAGUCAGACACCUACGGGAUCACUUACUCCACAAAAGCUGAUGCUGAGGAGGAGCUGGAUAAAACAAUUGAACUAUUUUCUGCUGAAAAGAAAGAAAGAAAUGAUUCUGAAAGGGAAGCUUCCAAGAAAAUAGAAAAGGAACUAAAGCCUUACGGAUCGAGUACUCUCAACAUCCUGAAAGAGAGGAAGAAGAGAGAGAAACACAGGGAGAAGUGGAGGGAGGAGAGGGAGAAACACCGGGACAAGCACGCGGACGGCUUUCUGCGGCACCACAGGGAGGAGCCAAAGCUGGCAGUCAAGGACAAGGACAGCCCCCUGGGCUCCCUCAAGGAGAAGGGCCGGGAGGAGGGCCUGAAGCUCAGCGAGACCAAGCUCAAGGAGAAGCUCAAGGAGAGCACAGAGCGAGAGAAGGGCGACCCCGUGAAGAUGAGCAACGGGAACGACAAGCUUCCGUCCUCCAGGGACACGGGCAAGAAGGAGCCCCGGCCCCGGGAGAAGCUCCUGGGGGACGGCGACCUGAUGAUGACCAGCUUUGAGAGAAUGCUGUCCCAGAAGGACCUGGAGAUCGAGGAGCGGCACAAGCGGCACAAGGAGCGGAUGAGGCAGAUGGAGAAGAUGAGGCACAGGUCUGGAGACCCCAAGCUCAAGGAGAAGACGAAGCCCGUCGAUGAUGGGCGGAAGAAGAGCCUGGACAUUCCUUCCAAGAAACCUCUGGGGCUGGACCCUCCCUUUAAGGACAAAAAGCCGAAGGAGUCAACUCCCAUGUUACCCACCACUGAAAGCAAGCCAACCCCGGGACCAGGUGCAGAGCCCAAGGACUGGCUAGCGGGGCCGUCCCUGAAGGAGGCCCUGCCGGCCUCACCCCGGCCUGAGCAGGGCCGGCCCACCGGGGUGCCCACGCCCACCUCAGUAGUGUCCUGCCCCAGCUACGAGGAGGUGAUGCACACGCCCAGAACCCCCUCCUGCAGUGCAGACGACUACCCCGACCUGGUGUUCGACUGUGCCGACUCCCAGCAUUCCAUGCCUGUCUCCACCGUGUCUGCCAGCGCCUGCUCCCCACCGUUCUUUGACAGGUUCUCCGUGGCCUCCAGCGGGGUUUCAGAGAACCCGGGCCAGACACCCACAAGGCCAGUCUCCACAAACCUGUACCGCUCAAUCUCUGUGGACAUCAGGAGGACCCCUGAGGAGGAAUUCAGCGUUGGGGACAAGCUGUGCAGGCAGCAGAGUGUCCCUGCCGCCUCCAGCUUCGACUCCCCAGUGCAACACUUGCUAGAAGACAAAGCUGCUCUGCCAGCCGUUCCUGCGGAGAAGUUUGCCUGCCUGUCCCCGGGGUACUACUCACCAGACUACGGCGUCCCCUCGCCCAAGACAGACGCCCUGCACUGCCCGCCGGCUGCGGUGGGCAGUGCCACACCACCCCCAGAGGGGGUCUUCUCCAGCCUACCAGCCAAGUACUCUCCGUCCCCCAGGGCUGAGUUGUUGGCCCCUGCCAUCGAAGGAGCCCUGCCCCCCAACCUGGGCCUCCCUCUGGAUGCCACGGAGGACCAGCAGGCCACCGCGGCCAUCAUCCCCCCAGAGCCCAGCUACCUGGAGCCUCUGGACGAGGGCCCCUUCAGUGCCGUCAUCACCGAGGAGCCUGUGGAGUGGACCCACCCUGCCACCGAGCAGGCCCUCUCUGCCACGCUGGUGGCCAGUGCCUCCGAAAACCCUGGCAGCUGGCCCGUGGGCCCCGACCUUCUGCUGAAGUCUCCACAGCAGUUCCCAGAGUCCCCAAAACAUUUCUGCCCCACAGAGUCCCUCCAUGCCACCACCCCAGGGCCCUUCAGUGCUGCAGAGUCCCCGUACCCCGUCUCUCCCGGCUCCUACCCCUUGCCUGCCCCUGAGCCGGGCCUGGAGGAAGUCAAAGAUGAUGGGGAGGGAGCAGUGCCUGCCCCCAUUUCUGCCUCGGAAGGAGCUGCCUAUGCUGCUCCUGCCAGGCUGGGCUCCUUCUUCAGCAACCGCAAGUCUCUACCAGACGGGCCCCUUGACACGGCCCCCGAGCCCCCCUGUGUCCCUGCUGGGGCCCAGGUGGAGGCUCUGGGGCCCCUGGAGAGCACCUUCCUGGACAGUGGUCACAACCUAGCCACUCUGGGCCAGGUGGAGCCGGUGCCCUGGCCCGAUGCUUUCGCCAGCCCCGAGGAGGAGCUGGACUUGGGGCCCUUCUCGCUGCCGGAGCUCCCUCUCCAAGCCAAAGACGCUUCAGACAUGGAGGCGGAAGUUGCGGAGGGCAGUCCUGCUCCUCCAGACGAGAGCCCUCCAGGGGCUCCCGGGGUUCUCGGUGGUGGGGUCUCUGCAUUAGCGGCCGAGGAGCAGGCAGCACCCCCUCCUGAGCAGGCAUCCCCUCAGCCCCCGGCUGAGCCAGAGCCCGCAGAAGGCCCAAAGCCAGAUGCCGCUCUGGAAGCCACCACAGAGGCAGAAGUCCUGGUGGGUAAGAGGGCCCCGGAGGACUUGGAGUCCAGCUUGGGGCCUGUGUCUGGACCCCCUGAACAGUGUCCCCUAGCAGGUGGAGAUGAAAGCAAGGUGGAAGACCCUUGCGCCACUCCCCACUGUACCCCUGAGGGCCCUGCCGCGGAGCAGGAGACACCAGCCCAGGACGGUGCUGAGGUGGCGGGUGCGACGCCCCCAGCGGACGGGACCCUAGGCGGCGUCCCACCGGAAGCCGCAGACCCAGAGCCCAAGCCCUCGGCCGGAGCACCGAAGGCCCCCAAGGUAGAGGAAGUCCCGCAGCGCAUGACCCGGAACCGGGCCCAGAUGCUGGCCAGCCAGAACAAGCAGAGCACGCCCCCGACAGAGAAGGAGCCCGCCCCGGCCCCGGCCUCCAGAGCCAAGGGCCGCACCUCUGAGGAGGAAGACGCCCACGCCCAGCACCCCCGCAAGCGCCGUUUCCAGCGCUCCAGCCAGCAGCUCCAGCAGCAGCUGAACACGUCCACCCAGCAGACUCGGGAGGUGAUCCAGCAGACGCUGGCCGCCAUCGUGGAUGCCAUCAAGCUGGACGCCAUCGAGCCCUACCACAGUGACAGGUCCAACCCCUACUUUGAGUACCUUCAGAUCAGAAAGAAGAUUGAGGAGAAGCGGAAGAUCCUCUGCUGCAUCACCCCACAGGCGCCCCAGUGCUACGCUGAGUAUGUCACCUACACGGGCUCCUACCUCCUGGACGGCAAGCCCCUCAGCAAGCUGCACAUCCCUGUGAUUGCACCCCCGCCCUCCCUGGCGGAGCCCCUAAAGGAGCUGUUCAAGCAGCAAGAGGCCGUGCGGGGGAAGCUGCGGCUGCAGCACAGCAUCGAGCGGGAGAAGCUGAUUGUGUCUUGUGAGCAGGAGAUCCUACGGGUUCACUGCCGGGCAGCCAGAACCAUCGCCAACCAGGCUGUACCCUUCAGUGCGUGCACGAUGCUGCUGGACUCAGAAGUGUACAACAUGCCUCUGGAGAGCCAGGGCGACGAGAAUAAGUCCGUACGCGAUCGCUUCAAUGCUCGUCAGUUCAUCUCCUGGCUGCAGGACGUGGAUGACAAGUAUGACCGCAUGAAGACAUGCCUCCUGAUGCGGCAACAGCAUGAGGCGGCAGCCCUCAAUGCCGUGCAAAGGAUGGAGUGGCAGCUGAAGGCCCAGGAGCUGGACCCUGCUGGACACAAGUCCCUGUGCGUGAAUGAGGUGCCCUCCUUCUACGUGCCCAUGGUGGACGUUAACGACGACUUCGUCCUGCUGCCGGCGUGAUACCUCCCAAAGGCUGCAGUCCAUAGACAGGGGCCACACAGUCGCCCCGUGCUGCCGUGGAGUCCCGGCGGUGGUGGUGGUGGUGGCGGCGGCGGCGGCAGCGGCGGCGGUAGAGGCAGAGAGGAGGAGGGAGCUCCACAUCCUCCAGGAGGGAGGAGUCCAGAGACCGUCCUGUCCGCAUGUCCCCCUUCCAGACUGGCCUCGGUGCCAGGGGUGCAGAAUGUGUGUCUCUACCAGCUGCCAUGGGAGCACAAGGCCAGCUCUCCACACAGCCGCGCCGCAGGAAGAGGAGGCCUGGGCACCGGCAGCUCUCCCAAGCACCGCGCCCUCUGCCUCUUCUAGCCAACUGCAGGGCACCUGAGGAGUUGUGUCACAGUGUGUUUUUAAAUUCCUCGUUCCAUUCUGAUCAACUACAGGAAAUGAACUAAACUGAGGUGUCCACCUCACACAGUGACCUCCAGGUCGGAGGGGCAGGAGAACGCCAUCCCAUGGAGGUCCUCGGGGCAGGCUGGGACACUGGGGUGCUGCUGGUGCCUGCCAGGGCCGGCUGCCACCUGCCCAGCCGAAGAGGGACACAGCCAGGACUCUCCAAUAGUGUUUUUAAUGGAGUCAAAUCCACGUGGUUUGUAUAUUUUUUCCUUUAAUCUUGGGCAUUUUGUUUCUCUUUCUGAGAACGUAACUUGAAACACUACAGAGCCAAUAGUCCUAUAAAGAGUGUAUCUGCAAACGCUGUACAGUUUUAUAUACAUUCACAAUGUACUUUUGCUGCCUUCUAGAUAAUUUAUUUUGCAACACAUUACUGCACAGUUGUAAAUAACUUAUGUACUGUAACAUCACUUUCAGUUAUGUGUAAAGAAAUAAAUAAAUUAAUUAAAAUGUUCUUUGUACAUGCA